AUGGGGCAGUGCUCAACGGUAACCAACACCUUCAAGGGCUAUAGUACACUAUCCCGGUCCGCGGGACCCAAGGUAGGGCACAAGCUCGCGGCGCUUGCCACGCUGAGAGGAGCCGUGCUUUUAAAACGGGCAUGCAGGGGCUUUUUAGUCUGGCUAGCUGCCAUGCUGGCAAGGCAAGGCAAGGCAAGGCAAGGCAAGGCAAGGCAAGGCAAGGCAAGGCAAGGCAAGGCAAGGCAAGGCAAGGCAAGGCAAGGCAAGGCAAGGCAAGGCAAGGCAAGGCAAGGCAAGGCAAGGCAAGGCAAGGCAAGGCAAGUCAAGUGUCUUGUCUAGCUUCUCAGCCCGACGGGUAAAAAAUGUCUUUUUGGUUACCGAGGCGCAAUCACCAGGGCCAUCGGGAUAAGGAUCUUUGCCAAUACCAAGAGAGGCGGUCAGUUAUGGGGUUCGGCCAUGCAGUCACACACCAGCAGGUGGACGGCGAACUUGAUGGGGGAGAAGCACGACUUUGGGGCGCACAAGGUCGCCGUGGUUCCCAAUCUCGGCUCGAGUGAUCCGAGAAAAAAAAAGAGCUGAGGGCAAGAUGAAGAAAUGCAAAAGGGCGACUUGCCGUUGUGCCACAGCAUUUUGGGUAACACAGUGCUCGGAGAUGAGUGACCAGCAAUCUCGUGGGCGGGGCUUCUUUUGUGCACAAUCACCCAAUGGGUUGUAACUUGAGUGGCGCAUGGGACCCGGAAAGACGCCUGCGCGGGUGUAACGAGGCACGAUCGGUUUUUUCCCUGACACCCGAACUGGACAUGUCGUGUUAUUGGACAACAGUUGCAGAACGACGGUCUGGCGAAUGAUAAAAGAAGCAGAUUUAGGGUACGGUAUACGAAAUCUGCGUCAGACCUAUCAAGGCUGUGUGAGUGCGUGGGAAAUAUGUCACGGCUCAUAGUGUACAUCAUGCAAACCUCGCCGCACUCAGGCAAAGAAGGGCAGCACAGGGCACAGCUUCCUCCCCAUGAGGACUUGUUUAGAUGUGCAACAUAUCACCAGACAAGCGGUAAACGACGCCAUAGACGCGCGCCUACGUGACACUGCCAAGGAGGGGCUCUGGGGGCUAGUCCUGCCGAAGAUGUCAAACCUGCAAUGUGAUAUCUCUUCUUGGCUUGUUUAGCCAGCCACCACAGAAACUUUGAGAGUUAUUCCAAGUCGGUUACUAUACGGGUUUUUUUUAUUUUUUAUUUUUUUCUUGCCCGGUAAGACACAUACACACACACCUGGUCGGGAAGGGCCGGGGACAUCCAACAAGCGCCACUUGCACAAAGCCCCCGAAUUGUCUUUUAUCCAUCUUUCCCUCACCGUGAUUCUGCAAGCAACUGCUGCCGAUUCCAUGCGUUCUAUGGUUUCCAAUGGAACACCCGCAUUUCCAGCGGGCGGGGACCUAAAAAAAACAAAAAAAAACGGCAAGGAGGCUGAGGAGACGCCGGGAAUCGAGCCAGCCGGACUUGUCGACACGCUAGCCGGGGAUAAGGGUGUGGUGGUGGUGGCGGCGAGAAAAUGGAGUCUAGACUUUGUGUUGUUCAGCUUUUUCUUUCUUAUUUUUACACAGUAUAUGUAUGAGCGACGAUCAGAAAAUUCGGGGGUCUUACAUCAUAUUUUCCCGGUUACGGUUAAACUACCUUUAGUUAUCAUUAUUGCUUUCUUC